AUCCCGGACAGGAAGUGUAGUUGUUUUUACUGUGGUUCGUUGUCUGCCGCUGAAAGAGCUUUUUCAGAGACAGGAUACAUUAGACUGGCUUGCUUUGUUCUGUGGGGUUGCAACAGUUAGCUGUAAGGAGGUGGCUGCAAGACCAACCAGCUGCCUGAGGCCAGGGUCCAGUCAGCUGAGGUGACAAGUUCAGCAGCCUCCCAAGCAUUUCAAGGCCACUGCACCUAGACCCUAACCAGCACACAUCUUUCACACACAAGCAGUAUCCCUGUCUGGCCUUGGCAACGGUGAUAAUGGUGUUGCUGAUGGAUGUGUGAGGAGAAAGCCCCAGUGGUCCUCUUGCUGUACCACACGCUUCCUCAUGGAUUCCAGCAAUGAUGAGGCACUUGACAUCAUCGUCACCAAUGUGGUGGCCACCUUCAGGACCAGGUGCCACCUCAACCUGCGCACCAUUGCGCUAGAGGGAACCAAUGUCAUCUACAAGCCUGAAGUUGGGAAAGUCUUAAUGAAGCUCCGCAAGCCUAUGAUCACAGCCUCGAUCUGGUCCUCAGGGAAAAUCAUCUGCACUGGAGCCACCAGUGAGGAUGAAUCAAAGCUGGGUGCUCGCAGGUUAGCGCGCUCUUUGCAGAAACUGGGCUUUAAGGUGCGGUUUUCAGACUACAAAGUAGUCAAUGUGUUGGCGGUUUGCUCCAUGCCUUUUGCAGUCCACCUAAUCGACUUCACCAAGAACAACCGACCCAUCGCCAGCUAUGAACCAGAGCUCCAUCCCGCUGCCACGUACAGGAUCAAAAAUCUCAAGGCCACCGUGCAGGUGUUUUCUACAGGCAGCCUCACUGUUACAGGACCAAAUGUGCAGAACGUGGCCACAGCUGUGGAGCAAGUCUACCCACUACUGUUUGAGUGUCAGAAACCCCUCUGCAAUUAAGAUGGGAAAGAGAGGGCACAACGCCAGAAUGAAUGAGAAGACAAGUGUGAUCAGUUUGUGACAAGAAGCACCUUAUCCUUGGAUAUAUUUGUUUUUUAUCUGCAUGUGGCAACCACCACAGACCGGUAUUGUGACUGGCUGGAUAUUACUGGGAUUGUCUUUUUUUUUUUUUUUUUUUUUUUUUUUUUUUUAACCACAGCCCACAUGGAGUCUUAACAGUUCUCUUCUCACAAAAUUUGAAUUAUUUGUCUGUAUUCCGCUUUGGAUUUUACCAGCCCAAGCUCAAACUGCAAACUGAGCUGCAAAUCUACCAUCCAAACUUUAAAAGUGCUCCUACAAACCUGACUGUCGCUGGAUGGGGCACAAGUUGGAAUGGCAGCAGGCAUCUGAUUCAUCUUCUCUGGGUGUUACUGCAUGAACUCAAGAAGGCCAAUCCUCGACAAGCUAACAGUUUCAGCCGCUUAAUAUAUUAGUGACCAUUACAAAGUCAGUAUUUUAACGUUGAGAUGCCUCGCCUUUAACCUUAAGUACACAACCGCUUGUCCCGGUGAUGUCACUUUCUCCGUCCAUGGUUGUUUUCUUGAGGUAGAAUUCACCCUUAUAUACAGAUACAAGGCGUCCACUCUGUGCUGUCCAUAUCUUGGCCCAGAAAGAAAACCAAUCCCCAAUGCUUCCUGCCACUGUCCUCAUCGACGGAGCACCACAGAAUCACACUUGCGGACUAUUUAAUGUUAUGUACAGUAAAGAAGAACAUGUUCUUUGGCAUGUACAUCUGUUCACAGUUUGCUUUAAUACUAAAAUUUUGCUUCCUGACAUUCCUUAACUUUGUUUAGUUGUCUGAUGCUGACUCUAAAUUUAUUGUGUUUGUAUAGUUGUAGCAUUGGAUCAGGAUGCAAACACACUGUUCCCUUGUGAUUUUGUUAUGUGUUAUUUCUUAGUUAACAGUUUUACACACAACUUGGAAACGUCAUUUAAUUUUAGAAUUGAGCUUUCCAGGUUUGGACAGUAUAUGAAAAAUAAAGUUGGAAGUCAUGAGCAGC